UUGUUAUUUGUUGGCGUUAGGAAUGAGUUUUAGCUUUAAUGUUUAAGUUUGAUUUGUAUUUCUGUGUGUGUGUUGAGAGAGGGUCAAGUCGAGUUUUGGUUUCACUUUGGAGGGUGCCUUCAUUUCUAAUGCGAGUUUACGACUAUAAGAGAAGUUAGGCAAACUAAGAGUGGAGAGGCUGGGCAUUUGCCUGACGCAAAAAAGGGUCCAGAGAGGCAGGUCCCUCCCACAGACACACAAGAAUCUAGAAACAGCCAUUUUUCAGUUCAAUUUUGAAGAUAGCUGCAAGGCAGAAGCAACCUUGAAGGGGCAGAUAGCUAAUCCCAAGCUAAAGUUGGUUGAAAGUAGCUGCCGGAGAGAAACUGGAGCAAAGGGAACAGACAGCAAGUCCCAAGCUAAAGAAGAAAGUCCCCAAGAAUGGAGGGGAGUGGAACAGGUGAAAGUCCCAAGCAGACCUUCUAGUCAAAGGAGAGACAGGAACCUGGAAAAGGCCGUAAGUGAAACUAAGAGUGAGGGGUAGAGAAAGACUCCAAGUUUCAAGCUUAAAGCUCCAAGCUGCAGGAAGCAGAAUCAACGCGAUAUAAAGGCUUAAGAAGUCAGAAGUUCCAAAGAGGCAACUGAAGGAGGAGGCCUGGCAGUUGGAACUCUUCUCCUUGUUGAGGAGGAUAGGUAUGAAAGCUACUCACGGAUGUUGCUGAAGUAUUUUGUAGCAGAAGGUAUUGUUUGUGGGCAUUCUCUUUUCAUAGCAUCUGCCAGAGAUCAUCCGGAGGAAAUAUUACAGGAGCUUCCUGCACCCUUGCUUGAUGAUGUGAUAGAGAUUGAUGAAGAUGUCAGAGAGACAGAAGACAAUAUUACUACAGCUGCAUCCCAGAAUUCCAUGACAAUAGCGUGGCGAUACCAAAACUUGCCAAAAAUACAGACAACCUUGGUGUGCUCCUCAAGAUUUGGCCAUUAUUAUGAUGUUUCUAAAACCAUGAGCACCGAGCUCCAGCACUCAGUCAAGUGUCACAGCUUUUUCCUACCUGAUGAAGUUCCAUUGGAUUUAUCAGUGACUGAAUUUGGUAAUAUGAACUUUGGCUAUGUCAAGCUGCUUAGAUCCAUACAAAGAGUUAUCCGAGAGGAAGGAUUUGAUGGAGCCUGUCCCCAGACUAAACAGAGGAAUAUCCUGCGGAUAGGAAUCCAUUCACUCGGCUCAAUGUUGUGGGGAGAGGAUAUUGGCCUUGGUGAAAACCCCGAACAUGCUUACAGUCUGACUAAAUUUCUGUAUGCACUCCGUGGACUUCUCAGAACAUCUCUUUCUGCCUGCUUUAUUACUGUGCCAGCUUACCUCAUCCAGAACAAAGCAAUUAUAGAUCGUGUAGUAAAAUUGUCAGAUACAGUGAUUGGUCUCGAAUCAUUUAAUGGUUCUGAGAGAGCAAGCAAUCCUCUCUACAAGGACUAUCACGGUUUGCUGCAUGUUCGUCAGAUUCCUCGUCUUAAUAGUUUAAUCUGUGACGUGCCUGAUACAAAGGAUCUUGCUUUCAAAUUGAAACGAAAAUUGUUCACUAUUGAGAGACUGCAUUUGCCUCCAGACUUGUCAGACACAGUGAGCCGAUCAAGCAAACAGGAACUGGCAGAGUCAGCCAAACUGCUGAGCACAGGAUGUGGUGGUGCAGCCAGAGGCAAGAAGCACCUGGACUUUUAGUGACUUUUAUUUAACCAUUUCAUUCUGAGUUCUCAUCAUAUGCAAAGUGUGAUUACAAAUCAUUGGUGUAUACUUAAAUGCAAUAAAUAUUUUUGUCUAGCUAAUGAGCAAGAGUGUGAAUCAUUGAGCAAAAAUAGAAAUAAAGAGAUGGUUAAUCUUU